CUUGACCACUUUCAUUGCAGAUUUGGUGAUAGCGCUUCUUCUACGGAAAAUCGAGCAGAUGGGAAGGAGAACGAGCAACAACAUCAUGUUCCUAUUUCUACCACUCUACUAAGCAGUAGUAGUACGGCCGUUACAAGUACGGUCAUAACAAGAACAAGUAGUAGUUGCAAGAACGAGGAGGUAGAUCAGGAGAGGAUUAUAGAGGGAACUGACGAAGGAAGUGAAGGUGAAGGUGUAGAUCGUGACUUGAAUUUCCAUCUCUUGCUGGAUGAAGAAUUAUGUCCACGACCUGCCUCUGAAAGUACGUCAAGAACUAUUUUUGCGAGUAGCAGUAGAAGUAGUACAAACGAAAAAGCUACUAGAACAAGGAGAGAAGGAGAUCUUGCAGACGAGUCCGAUCAUCUUCGCGGCCACAUCAAGGAUGCUCAUCUCCGAGAAAAUCUGGAAAGAACGAACAACUUUGCGAAGGAAGUAAAUGUCCUAGAUUCUCUCACUGUCUCUCCCGAUUUAAUAUUACGUGAAGGCGACCCUGACUUCGCGAGGGG